CGCUGAACCAUCACAACUCUCAUUCCUUGCACUCUGGCUUCGCCUUUAUCCUUUCUCUGACUCUCUUCGGCAUGGGGAACUUGGCGUCCUGCACGCUGGCCAUGAUCCCCAGGGCGGCCAAGGACGUCAGGAUCGUGCUCCCCGAUGGCGGGCUGAGGCUGGUCAGGCCCCCGGCGACGGCGGCGGAGCUGAUGCUCGAGGCGCCGGGCCAUUUCCUGGCCGACGCGCGCACGCUGCAGGCGGGGCGCCGGAUCGAGGCGCUUGCGGCUGACGAGGACCUCGAGCUCGGGGGAGUCUACGCCGCAUUCCCCAUGAAGCGGCUUGGCUCCAAGGCCGUGCCCGCCGACGUUUUCGCCAGCGAGGCUCAUGCCCGGAGGCCCGCUUCGGCCAAGGUGGCGGACAUCGUCGUGGCGCCUACAGGGGUGGCUUCCGUUGCCGCCGAGGAGGACAUCCCACCGGUCAGGACGCCGCGGUUGGAUGAGAUGGCCGUGGACAACGAGGCGGUUGCGGCAGAGAUCGAAGAGCUCAAUCAACGGAUAAGCGGCGGUCGCUUGUCGAGGCGGCGGCCCACGUUGGAGACUAUACACGAAGAGAUGGCAAAGGCCUUCUCUCGUAUUUUCCGUUAUUUUUGAUCAUGUGUAAAAUUUGCCGCCUCCUUUUUCAUGUAUUUUAAAAAAAGGGUUUCCCCCGCUUUAGAUUAUAAAGCAACGUCCAAGCGAU